ACUUGUCAUUUUAGCAAAAUCCAGUUAUUAAUCUAUAAUCCAGGAGUACUCGUAUAUGUACAUUAUUUAAAAUGACAUUUGACAGUUCAGUGGCAAAAAGAAAAACAUUCAACAGAUUAACUGUAAAGCUGCAGACAAUCUUUAGCCAACUUGUCUUUGCCAUAUUCGCCCCUUACUUUAUUUUCCCCUUUCUUUUCUCUUUCUGUUUCCUCCAGAGAAAAAAGAACAGUUUUCAAAACCUUUUUAACCCCAACAGAUACAAGGAAACGAGGAAAUCUUUGAGGCUCUCUCCCUAUUAUACUGAGAUACGAGGAAAAGAUUUCGGAGGAUUUUGGGAAAUCUUUUCUUUGGCAAACCUAUUCUUUUUUUUUUUUUUAUGUCAAUUGGAAGAAAAAAAGAUGACGAGAGGGGAAGUCUCAAAUUCUAGCUCUGGGAAUCAAAAUGUGAGCAAUAACAAUGAAACCAAUGUGAUUUUGAAUGUAUAUGAUCUUACUCCUAUCAAUAAUUACUCUCAUUGGGUUGGUUUUGGGAUUUUCCACUCCGGUAUUGAAGGAAAGAAAGGUAUUUUCUUGGAGAGGAAUUUGGAGUGUAAUAAUGUUCAUGGUAAAGAGUAUGGGUUCGGGGCCCAUGAUUUUCCCAUUAGUGGAGUUUUUGAAGUGGAGCCCAAGAGCUGCCCUGGUUUUAACUAUCGAUGUUCCAUCUCGUUGGGACAGAUAAACAUGCCUUCCUCUGAAUUUAGAGAAUUUAUUGAGAGUGUAGCUUCUGAGUAUCAUGGAGAUACCUACCACCUCAUCUCCAAGAACUGUAACCACUUUACAGAUGACAUGGCACAUAGAUUGACAGGCAGACAUAUCCCUGGAUGGGUGAACCGGCUUGCUCGGCUAGGUUCUUUAUUCAGCUGUCUGCUUCCUGAAAGCCUUCAAGUAACUGCAGUGAAGCAGAUGCCCGAAUACCAUGAAAUGGAUGGAACCGAGUCUCUCUCAACUACAACCCCCCACGAUUCAACAGAACUUGAUGAUACAGAUCAAGAGAAACACUUGCUGUCACCGAAAGAUGAAAAUCUGGAUAUAGCUUUUGUUAAAGAAGCCCAAAAGUGAAAGCAAGAUACCUCAGAAGAGGGGCUUAUCACGGCAGCCUUUAUCGACAAUACUUGCUUUGUAGGGAAGAAUCAACUGGAAGCAUAAGUGCUGAGCUUGCUUGCAUGCCUUUCAUUUGAAUGUUGUAAUUAAUUAUUUUCCCACAUGCUUUCCAGAUUUUUAGUGUCUUCAAUUUUUUUUUCUUCUCCUGUUUAUUGAUUUAAGCAAAAGAAUUUGGCACUAGAAUUAUAGUUUGUUAUUGAUACUUUGUACGAGUGCUUACAUUAAACUUGUGGCCUCCAAAUGGCAUUGCAUAUAAUUUAUAGUGAACAUUUGAAUGUUAUGAGAGAUUUUUUUGGCACAUCUGAGACCGUGAUAAAAGAAAAGGAUGCAUCCAGGUUCGAAAUCUAAACCUGAUCUGAAAAAUAUUUUUUAAGGAUGGUUAAAUGAAGCAAUUGAAUUAAAUUUCUGGUUC